CCUGGGUAUGUGUCAGGUCCCCCUCUGCCCCGGGGGGACCGGUGUCCCCUCUUCAGGCUAAAUGUCUUCUCUCCACCCAGCUUCCAAUGCAGAGACAGAGCCCUUGCUGACGUGGAAGAAGGUCCAGGACACGGUGCCUUGGAACAUCAUCCUUCUCCUGGGCGGGGGCUUCGCCAUGGCCAAAGGCUGUGAGGAGUCGGGGCUGUCGGCGUGGAUCGGUGGGCAGCUGCACCCCCUGGAGAACGUGCCCCCGGCCCUGGCUGUGCUGCUCAUCACUGUUGUCAUCGCCUUCUUCACCGAGUUUGCCAGCAACACGGCCACUAUCAUCAUCUUCCUGCCUGUCCUGGCAGAGCUGGCCAUCCGCCUGAGAGUGCACCCCCUGUACCUGAUGAUCCCCGGCACAGUCGGCUGCUCCUAUGCCUUCAUGCUCCCGGUCUCAACACCCCCCAACUCCAUUGCCUUCGCCUCCGGACACUUGCUGGUCAAAGACAUGGUGCGGACAGGCCUCCUGAUGAACCUGAUGGGUGUCCUGCUGCUCAGCUUGGCCAUGAAUACUUGGGCACAGACCAUCUUCCAGCUGGGCACCUUCCCGGACUGGGCCGACAUCCACUCAGCCAACAUCACAGCACUGCCAUCCACUUUGGCCAACGACACAUUUCGGACCCUUUGAGUCCCCCUCCGGGACUCUCUCUGGGCCGGGCCCUCCCAGAAGGCUUCUGCCAUCACCUGCUGCUAGGACUCUACAGGACAAUCGAGCAGUUCUUUUCGUGAUCCAGUAUGCAGCAAGCAAGAGUGACCUCCAGUGGUCCACUUGGGCCCACAGGCUCAUUAUCUAGGACACCUUCUCCUUCUCUUUCAUGGAGGUCAGGGCCCAGAUAUCUCCCAGAUCCGCUGCCAGAAAAACAAGCUCCUUUAUCUCUGAGCUGUUCCAUGGCUAGGAUGCAAGAGAGCCCUAUUUCAGCAACAGGAAGCAAAUCUGGAAUAUGGCAUUUGACUUAAACAGUUGGAAUGGGGGGGCAUCAAUUCCUAUGGGCACUGCUAACAUCCCCCAUGGCCUACUUUAGGUUACACUCUGGAGAGAUCAUCUUGCCUUUAGAUGUCACCUUCCUCAGGGAGGCUUUUGGGGCCGCAGCGUUCCAGCUGUUUGCAACCACGGUGUGUCCUGCUCGGUCGGUGCCCAUUCUGUGCCCGUUGUUUGACUAUGACCCCUAUCGGUACACCGCAGCCGGGGUUACUUUCAAUCCCUGGAGACAGGGGAGGGACAGAUGACCUCCUGAGGACAGGGAGGCUGUGCAAAUCGUCCUUGCUGCGCUUCUGGGGGCCUGAGUACACCAGGGGAGUUCUAGAAACCCCCAGCUGACAUCUCUACCUAAGCUUUUUAGGAUUUUCCUGUUCAAUCUGAUUCAGUUUGACCAUAAUUCUGGGGUCAGGCCAAGCCCUGGCCUUACCAUCCUUUCAGCGAGGACUCUCCUACGUGUGGCCCGCGGGGGCCUUUGUGGUUGCCCGCUACUCCUUAUUCCAGCAGCUGGUCUUUACCUCCCUACCCAUACCCCGAGGGGUAAGCAUGUUUAAUUAGCAAAGGCCACAUUUUUCAGGAAUGAGGGAAAAAAAAAAAAAAAGUCAGAAGAUACAUUGAGGCCUCAUAAAAGGCCAGGGUAAAAUUUCUCAGGCAGACAAAAUAUAGUAACCUUCUUCUGCAGAGGGGGCCAACGGAGACUUCCCCUGAGCCAGUGGCUGGUGGGGGCUGUCCUAGAAGAUCUGAUCCCUCCUUGUUUCCAGCAGAAGCAUCUGGGCAUCCCCAGUGAACAGCACAGUAUCAGGCCCAGCAGGAGCUCAGGAUAUGGAAUGAGUGACCCAGCAUUAGCUAAGGUGCCCGUGGGGGGUCUGGAAGCCUCAUGUCUGCCCUUCCUACAUAUCUGAGGGAUGAAGUUCCCUGAGCAGUAGGGGCUGGGACGGCGGCACCCAGAGACUGAACUCGUCCUCAGAAUGGCACGAGUGAGUCAUGGAUGUUUCCCUGGGAGCAGCGGGGAGGAGAGAGGAGGAGCCCCCAAGUUGGAGGAUGGGCUUCACCUCUUCCCACGUGAGUACUUUAGAAUUCAAUCAGAGUUGCAGCCCAUGGCGGUUGGGAGCAGCACUCGUGGAGAACAGGGGAUGGGAGAAGUCCAUCCGCAGAGAAACCCAUGGUACUUGUAACCAGAUGAAUCGUGAUUUCAAAUAGUUCUGAUUGAAAAUGCUAUAAAAUAAAGAGUGUUAAUCAAUA